UAAUAACAAAAAUAACUAAAAUGUUGCAAUGGUAUCGUCAUCGUCUUCAUCAGAUUCUUUAAAAUCAGGACUGAAAGUUUUCGAGCAUGUCAAGUAUGAGCAUUUGUUAGCUGGUGUCGCAGGUGGGGUUGCUUCCACUCUUGUUCUACAUCCUCUAGAUUUGAUUAAAAUCAGAUUCGCCGUAAGUAGACCUACUAAUGGAGCAAAUGAUGUUCCUCAAUACAACGGAAUGCGAAGUGCUUUCUCUUCCAUCAUAAAGCAAGAAGGAUUCAAAGGCCUCUAUAAAGGUUUGACACCAAAUUUAUGGGGAUCUGGGAGUGCGUGGGGUCUCUAUUUUCUAUUCUACAGCUCCAUCAAAGUUUGGAUUCAAGGUGGUGACACAAAAAUGCCUCUCGGCCCUACCCUGCACAUGAUUGCAGCAACAGAGGCUGGUGUACUGACAGUAGCCAUAACAAAUCCGGUGUGGGUUGUGCGAACAAGGCUGUGCAUGCAAUAUGGUGACAAGUCGAAUUACAAAUAUACUGGAAUGGUUAACGCUUUGUCAAAAAUAUAUAGAGUGGAAGGGAUGCGAGGAUUGUACAAUGGUUUUAUCCCUAGUUUGUUCGGUGUGUCUCAUAGUGCACUGCAUUUUAUGGCUUUUGAAGAAAUGAGAAACUAUUAUAAUCAGCGAUAUAAAAAUGCGCCUAUCGAUACAAAGUUGGGAACGAAGGAAUAUCUGGUUAUUGUGGGUGUUUCAAGAUUGCUGGCUACGGUGGUGACCUAUCCCUUUCAGGUAGUGCGAGCUCGCCUUCAGGACACCCGGGCAGCCACUGACUACACCGGCACCAUCGACUGCAUCGCAAAGACUUGGCGCUUUGAAGGACUUCUCGGCUUUUACAAAGGAUUGUCUCCAAACUUGACUAGGAUUCUUCCAGCAACUAUGAUCACAUUCACUAUUUAUGAAAAUGUAUCUCGAUAUUUGCUACAGAGACGUGUUGAAUAGACUUUAAAAGUUGAGAAUCAAGUUGGAUCACUACUGUAACUUUAUCUACAAUAGCAAUAAAGACUUUUCUUCUCAAAACGAAAAGAUUUAAACUGAAAAUGAUAACCAAAAAUUCUUGCAAAGAGUUAUAAAAUUUCUUCACAAACCUUGUGUUUUGCUCUAUAAUAUCA